AUGUCCCCUCUGAACACCAUGUUCCUGAUGGUGCUGCAGGUCAUCCUUGUGAUCUGUAAAAACUCUUUGGAUUUGUGCGCGACGCUCUUGCGGAACCUCCGUUCAAAGAAAAAGAAACUCUGCCGUUCCCUGCACUUGCAGAGCCGGAGAGGCGUGGCUUGGACGUCGCGGUAUUCAAGGAGGGCCAGCGCGCGGUCCCGCUGGUAUGCCCUCGCUGAAGUCGGGGUGCCCCGCCGCUGGUGGGUGUAUCCCCGGAGCAAGAACUGGUGGCAGCAGUUCAUCCGGCUCACGUGGGAUGAGGAGCAGUGGAUAGAGAGCUUUCGCAUGAGCCGGGCCACCUUUUUUGAAAUUGUGGAAGCCCUCCGACCACGCCUCCAGCGGCAGACCACCAACAUGAGGGAGCCGAUUCCUGUCGAAAAGAGAGUCGCCAUUGCCAUCUGGUACCUUGCCAAUGCAAACUGCUACAGGGAGGUCCGUGAACAGUUUGGGGUUGGUCUCUCCACGGUGGGGGAGAUAGUCCUGGAGGUUUGCUGUGCCAUGGAGCUUGACCUGCUGCGGAAGACAGUGUGCCUGGGCAGUGAGGUCACCACGAUCAUGGAUGGUUUUGCACAUCUCGGAUUUCCACACUGCGUUGGGGCAAUCGACAGAAUGCACAUCCUCAUACGAGCUCCAGGAGGGCGGAUUGAUGAAUAUGGGAACUGCAAGAAAAACUGCUCCAUACUGCUGCAGGGCACCGUGGACCACAGUGGGCGAUUUAUCGAUGUCGAGGUUGGCUGGAGCGGCAGGACCCAUGAUACGUUUGUAUUCCAGAACUCUGCCUUGUGCACUGCGAUGGAUGCUGGGGUCUUUAUUCCCGGAAACCCAACCAUGGAUUUAAAUGGGGUGCAGGUGCCGGCGUUGAUGGUAGCGGAUGGAGCUUACCCCAUUCGCAGGUGGCUAAUGAAGCCCUUUGGCAAAAAUGGGGACAUGCGUUGGCAGACAUUUGACCAUGCGCUGCACAGGGCUAGGAACGUGGUGGAGUGUGCAUUUGGGCGGCUCAAAGCACGCUGGCGUUGCUUGACGAUGCGCCUCCCCGUUUUUGAGGAAAACAUAACCACUGUGAUUACGGCGUGUGUCAUUCUUCAUAAUAUAUGCGAGGAGAAAGGACAUGGCAUUGUAGCGGACCUCUGUGACUCCGUCCCUCCUCCUGUUUCUAGGGAUGAGGAAGACUACUACCAUAAUGAUAACUGUUAUAAAGAGGAAGGGGAACGUGUCAGGAAUGCGCUUGCUGAUUUCAUGCUUGGCCACCAACCUUGUCCAUGA